AUGUCCACGUCGCAGGUCCGACAGGGCCCCCUGAGCCAAGGCACGAUCCUCAAAAGCGACUCUGGACAUAUAUAUACAAUCGAAGAGAUUCUUGCUGACCGGCGAAAACCUCUAUUAUGUGUAUAUCGCGCAAGCGCCAACAAAAAGAACUUCAUUAUCACAAACAUGAUCCCUGGCGAAUUUGAGUACCAGCUGAGCCUCCAGAAACAAUUAUCGACUUGUCAAAAUGUACGAAGUGUAGUCGAUACUGUCCAGGAACAGGAGUUGUUCAUCUACCCGUUCUUGGCUGGCGAUUUGCUUCGAUUGAGUCAGAAGAAGAUAUCACUAGAGAUAAGGAGGGAUAUUCUUCGACAAGCGCUACGUGGGCUGGCGGAUAUGCAUGAUCGGGAUAUUCUGCAAAAUGAUAUCAAACCCAACAACAUCCUCGCCGAUUAUGAGGAGGAUACUGCAGGUCAGGUGACGAUAAACGAUGUCCAGAUAUCAGACCUUGAAGAUACAGUCAUUUUUCCAACAGGCAAAUGGUUACGAGGACCCCUUUGCGGCAAUGCGAUCUGGAGAAGCACCGAAAGCUGGUGUCGAUCGCGCCAGAACCAGGCGUCAGAUGUAUUUUCCUUUGGGAUUAUAAUGCUCUACGUGAUGCUGAAUGAAAUGGUCUUCCGCGUCACAGACGAGCAGCUCAACUCGCCCGACUCAUGGCGCCAUAUCCUCCGCCAGCACAUAUCAUACUUUGGCGACGCAGACUGA